GUGUGUGUGUGUGUAGCUUUAUGUGUUUUGUGUGUGUGUGUGUGAGUAUUUAAGUACGGAUUGACAUGAAAACACACACGGCGGGUGUUUUACACUCUGUUUACCUGUCUUUCAUAACUCUUAUCCUCUUUCCUCCUCCCUCUCGUUGACUCUCCCCCUCCCUCCCCCUUCUCACUCACUCUGGGAAAACGGUUAUAGCUCAAAGUGCAGACUAACUCUCGUGCUCGGUCUCUCGCUCCGUGUUUCUCUCUCUCUGUCUAGAGAAGAGAAGGAACCGGAGACAGACAGACAGAGAGAGAGAGAGAGAGAGAGAGAGAGAGAGAGAGAGAGAGAGAGAGAGAGAGCGAGAAAGAGGGAACAUGGAGGAGAAGAAGGAAGGGGAUCCAGGUGCACAACAGGUGUCUGUAGCAGAGUCUUCCUCCUGCUGUGUCACUGUCGCUGAGCGAUGUCCGAAACCCCGCGGCCUCCUCAACCUCCUCGUCACCAAGAUGUGUCUGCUGGCUCUGCUGUUCGGCGUGGUGUGGUCCAUCACAGGGCCUGAGUGUCUCCCAGGGGGCAACCUCUUCGGCAUCACCAUCCUCUUCAUCAGCUCCGUGCUGGGAGGGAAGCUGGUGGGGAUGGUCCAACUGCCCACACUGCCCCCCUUCCCCCCGCUGCUUGGCAUGCUGCUGGCCGGUCUAGUCCUGCGUAACGUUCCCUACGUGACGGAUGCGGUCUACAUCGACACCCACUGGUCCGCUGCUCUGAGGAACGUGGCUCUGGCCGUCAUACUGACCCGGGCCGGGCUGGGGUUGGACCCUUCGGCUCUGCAGCGCCUCAAAGCCGUGUGCAUUCGGCUGGCCGUCGGACCCUGUGUGGUGGAGGCUUGCACGGUCGCCGUGAUUUCCCACUUCCUGCUGGGCCUGCCCUGGGUGUGGGGCUUCAUACUGGGGUUUGUGCUGGCCGCGGUGUCCCCCGCUGUGGUGGUCCCCUCCAUGCUGCUGCUCCAGAAGGAGGGCUACGGGGUGGAGAAGGGCAUCCCCACGCUGCUCAUGGCUGCUGGAAGCUUUGAUGACAUCCUGGCUAUCACCGGCUUCUCCACCUGCCUUGGCAUGGCCUUCUCCACAGGCUCCACGUGGAUGAACCUGCUGAAGGGGGUGAUGGAGGUGGUGGGAGGGGUGGUGGCCGGGCUGCUCCUGGGGGCCUUCAUCAGCUGUUUCCCUAGCGACGACCAGGAGGACGUGGUGGUGAGGAGGGGCACCAUGCUGCUGGGUCUGUCUGUGUUCUCCGUCUUCUUCAGUCACGUGGUGGGCUUCGCGGGGGCCGGGGGUCUGUGCACCCUGGUCCUCUCCUUCCUGGCUGCUCUCGCCUGGAAAACCGACAAGGCCUCGGUCGCAGCGCUAGUGGGCCGGUCCUGGGACGUCUUCCAGCCCCUCCUCUUUGGUCUGAUUGGAGCGGAGAUAACCAUAGCAACGCUCAGUGCUAGAACCGUUGGUCUAGGUAUAGCCUGCAUCUCCCUGGGUCUGGUUCUUCGUCUGCUGGUCACCUACCUGCUGGUCCACUGGGCCGGCUUCAACCUCCGGGAGAAGUUCUUCAUCUCUGUGGCCUGGUUGCCAAAAGCCACUGUACAGGCGGCUAUAGGCUCCAAGGCCCUGGACAUGGCGCGUGAGGGGGGGGACGAGGUGCUGAUUGGCUACGGUCAAACCGUGCUAACGCUAGCUGUGCUAGCAAUCCUCACCACCGCUCCUAUCGGGGCCCUGGGCAUUGGCCUGGCUGGUCCCCGCAUGCUGCACAGAACACUCCCAGAUGAGUCAGUGGGCGGAGCCCCGCCUAAAGAGGGACUUUUGCCUGGUCCAGAGAAGGAGGUAGUCUUUUAUGAGAGUAAACUUUAGUGGACCAUCAUGUUAAAGCUUGACUAUGUUGGACUCUGUUGUCCUGUAUGUUUCUGAGAUAUUAUAAUGUACGAGUUUCCCAAAUGACAUGUAAUCAAAAUGUAAUUCACAUAUAAUUGACAUGCGUAUUAACCAGCAUUAAAAUUGGCUGCCUGGAAAUGUUAUUGUGAAGGUCUGGGGCAGGAUCACAUGAUCUGAUUCUUGCCUCUGACUGCAAAAUGCUAUUUAUAUGUGUGAGUGUGUGUGUGACUGAAGAACACCAAUAAAAUGGAUUUUCCUACUAUGAUAGUAAUUUUGUGAUUGGACCUCUGAACGUUCAAUUAAGUUCCAUUGAAAAGGAUUUUUCUGAAUUUAUUACACAUGACAAUACCCAAUAAACCAUAAAUAAACCGACACAGUGGCCACACAUGUUUGGCACAAUGCUAAGUAGGUAAUAGGUGACAUUGUAAAUUACACAAGUACGGUUUGACGAGAUAACAGUCCUUAUAAUAAAAGAAAGAUAACGUACUACCACCAGCCAGGGUAAUAUAUCCUGAUCCAAGUUAAUUUCAUUAAAUCAACUAGCAAUUAUAUCGUAACCUUAUCCCUCUUUACAAUCGGAAAACUCUCGAUACCUUUCACCAACAAUAUCUAUAAAUCACAAUUGUUCACUUAAUCAAUACCACAAUAACAAUUCUUAUCGAAAGCAGCACCUUUAUUGAAAACAUAUAAAAAUAUAAACGAUAUAAACAAAUUUAGAGAAGACACCAACAGUCCUUUCAGCAGCGGCUACUGUAACGUACGUUGUCUUUGACGACGUCAAAGGGUUAAUUAAAGUUUGCAUUAUCCAGUUGGUUCAGAACAGAAACAUGUCAAGGGGUUAGUGCGUGUGUGUGCUACGAAAGCGGUCCUUUUGUACAAUAGAGUUGGUAAACGGUUCUGCUCAGUGCUGGUCCGAUGUUCCUGUAACACAAGAACAGAGCAUUCAGAACAAGAGCAAGAAGAGCAAGAGCAAGAAAUACCUUUUAAAACAGGGCUAAAGACUUUUAUGUUUGCUUUAGCUUUCUGCUAAAUCUUUAUACAUUGCACUUUCUAAAAUGCUUAUUUUUUUUACAUUGCCUUUGUUUUUUUAUCACUUUCUAAAAUGCUUUUUUUUAUUUUGCCCUUUGUUUUCUUUUACUUAUGUAUUUUCUUUUAUUAUUUUAUUUUAUGACGAUGUUUCUAUGUGAAGCACUUCCAAUCUGCCUCGUGUAUGAAAUGUGCUAUAUAAAUAAAGUUUCCUUGACUUGCCUCGCCUAAAUACAAUAGAGCAGGGAUUCUCUGAGGUGGAUAGCAAACAAUAUCAUUCAAUAUUGAGAUGGAUUUGGUCUUCUACGUAGGUAGUACUACACAAACCUGUUGAGUUUCCCGUAUCUGAUAUUGGAGAGUAGCUUCUCUCUGUCUGCUUCACUGGGGCACGACUCGUACGCAGACAGCAGACUGGAGGGAGGGGGAAGCGCAACAUUCAACAACCGCUGAAGAGACCAUCAUCUGACU